UUCGGGUUUCUGCGUCGUUUCUGCUUCCAGGAUGGUGCUGCCAGUCAGCUGCAGAGAACUCGUUGGUGGGAUUAGGUCCGCCUUUUCUGGCGGAAAGAUGGCGACCGCCAGUGCUGUCGAGUGAUCGGUGGAAGUCUUCCCCGUCAGGAUUUCACUAUCAUUGCCCCCAAAUUUUCCAUUACUUGACAAUAUGAUCUGCCCUGUGGCUCUAUCAGAUCCCAGCAUUCCUGGGACAUUCUCUGUUUGAAGAAAUUAGGAUGGAACAUGAGAACCCAACCAUCAGACCUCGUCGGAUCCAGAACCAGAAUGUAAUCUAUCGUUUAGAACGUCGAAGGAUCACCUCUGGAAAAAUCGGGACGCACUGGCACCAAGUCCGCAUCUUCCAUCAAAACAUUUUUCCCAAUUUUACUGUGGUCAAUGUUGAGAAACCACCCUGCUUUUUACGAAAGUUUUCCCCUGAUGGAAGGUACUUCAUUGCCUUCUCCUCAGAUCAGACUUCUCUGGAGAUCUAUGAAUACCAGGGGUGUCAGGCAGCAGAGGAUCUACUCCAGGGUUAUGAUGGAGAGAUCUUGGCUAAUGGCAAUGACCAGAGGUCCAUCAACAUCCGUGGGAGGCUCUUUGAACGGUUCUUUGUCCUUCUUCAUAUUACCAAUGUGGCCUCCAAUGGUGAGCACUUGAACCGUGAAUGUAGCUUGUUUACAGAUGAUUGUCGAUAUGUUAUUGUUGGCUCUGCUGCCUAUCUGCCUGAGGAGCCUCAUCCUCCCUUUUUUGAGGUUUACCGCAACAGUGAAUCAGUGACUCCUAAUCCCAGAUCUCCUUUGGAAGAUUAUUCUUUGCACAUUAUAGACCUUCACACAGGUAGGCUGUGUGAUACCCGAACAUUCAAGUGUGACAAAGUCAUCUUAUCCCAUAACCAAGGACUCUACCUAUAUAAGAAUAUCUUGGCUAUUCUCUCUGUGCAGCAGCAAACUAUCCAUGUCUUUCAGGUAACUGCUGAAGGCACCUUUAUUGAUGUACGAACUAUAGGACGCUUUUGCUAUGAGGAUGACCUUCUCAUGCUUUCUGCUGUCUAUCCAGAGGUCCAACGGGAUUCGCAGACAGGAAUGGCAAACCCAUACAAAGAGCCAUUCAUCAAUUCUCUGAAACACAGGUUGUUAGUCUAUUUGUGGCGAAGGGCAGAACAAGAUGGGAGUGCUAUGGCUAAAAGGAGGUUCUUUCAAUAUUUUGACCAGCUGAGGCAGCUUCGCAUGUGGAAGAUGCAGUUGUUGGAUGAGAAUCAUCUCUUCAUCAAAUACACAAGUGAGGAUGUAGUCACAUUACGAGUGACAGAUCCUUCACAGCCUUCGUUUUUCGUUGUGUACAAUAUGGUAACUACUGAGGUAAUUGCCGUCUUUGAAAACACAUCGGAUGAGCUGCUGGAACUCUUUGAGAACUUCUGCGACCUCUUCCGCAACGCCACCCUCCACAGCGAGGCCGUUCAGUUCCCUUGCUCAGCCUCAAGCAACAACUUUGCCAGGCAGAUCCAGCGCCGUUUCAAGGACACCAUUGUCAACGCAAAGUACGGAGGGCACACAGAGGCUGUGCGGCGGCUUCUGGGUCAACUUCCAAUCAGCGCACAAUCAUACAGUGGCAGCCCUUACCUUGACCUCUCUCUCUUCAGCUAUGAUGAUAAGUGGGUGUCAGUCAUGGAACGUCCCAAAACAUGUGGCGACCACCCAAUCAGAUUUUAUGCCCGAGAUUCUGGUCUGCUGAAGUUUGAAAUCCAAGCAGGACUUCUGGGUCGACCCAUCAAUCACACUGUCCGGCGCCUAGUGGCAUUUACUUUCCACCCUUUUGAACCCUUUGCUAUCUCUGUGCAGCGGACUAACGCUGAAUAUGUUGUGAACUUCCACAUGAGGCAUAGCUGCACGUAGUUUUGCUCUGCUGUAGGCACUGAAUAGAGACAUUUUGUCAUGGAUACCCCAAAGCCAAAGUCAGGCUGAAAGAAACCAAAACACUAAGCCUCUUUGGAGUGAUGCUAAUUUAGUCCUGUGAUGUUUGACUCUCACAGGAAUGCUGGUGCUGAUGAAUCCAUAACUGUCAGAUGUCUCUUAAUUUCUUUUUCUCAGGUGUCAACCAUUCUGUCAUUCAGCACAAACCAAACAGAUUAUUUUCUAAAGUUCUCUGCUCUGAUACUUAACUUAUUACUACAUCUUCUUCUACUACUACUACUACUGCUAUUUAGCAGGGUGGAUGGGAGGGUGGGGGGCUUCAGCUGAAUAAGCCAUGGGAAAUCCAUUUGUAGCAAGGCAGUUAUUAUUUUUCUCUAUCUUUUAAUAGAUGGAUAAAAGUUCUUCGGUCACUAUUUCAAGGAGGUUGGUUGGUUCCUUAGUUGGAGAUAGGGAUAUCAGUGUCUGCUUUUUCUAUAGGCAGGGGAGAUAAUUGGACAAAAUACUCUUAUCUAGACACUUUGAAGCACCCUUAGUCUUUAAUCCCCUCAUAUUUCUCUUUAGAGGGGGAGAGAGAACCCGUGAAAGGGUUUGUGCUGCCCAGCUUCUGUUCUGUGAAAACCAUACUGCAUACUUAAUCUGCCCAUCUUCCAAGGGGGCCUAUGUGGAGCGGUAGGGUUUUGUUUUGCUAAUAAGUGAUCAUUCCAAUAAGUGUCCUGCAAUAUGGUGCAGUUGCAUUAUGUGCCUGCUUGACUCCUACAGGUUUUAAAUGAGGAAAUUGUCAACUUGUGUUGGCCAUGGGAGACUACAGCACAGAUGUAGGCUAGCCGUCUUGGAAAUCCUUGGUUACAACAGCCCUCUUCCCUGCCUUCCAUCAACUUACAACCAGGUUGAAGGAUGGGCAUGUUUUAGAUACUCAUCUAACGUUAAUCUUUCCUUACAUUUGGUGCCAGUCCUACUCUCUUGGCACCAAUUCUCAGCAGGAAGCAAGAUUUUCAAAAAUGACAUCUGUGAGGCCAUUUUCAUAUGCUCCAAAUUAUAGGCCUUUGUAUAUGACCCAGAAGUUCAGGGAAAUAAAAGUAACAAGAAGGUAGAGUGUUGUUUACUCUUUUGGUGCCCUUCUUUCUCUUGCUGUGUUUGAAUGCCAAACACAGGGGGAGGAUUUCAGGGAGGGGAGGGAGGACUUCAGUAGCUUUUGGCUCUUAGAAGGGAGGACUUCAGGGGAGAACUUCAGUAGCUUUUGGCUCUUAUGAGGACUAGAAGAGUUCCCAUGAGAUCAUCUGUAGAGCAUCCACCCCAACAUUUGUUUACAAAUGUUAAGCUCCUAGUUUUGAAAUUGCCCUGUGAGCUGAGUCACUUGGUAAGGCAAGUCAAAACAGAUGUUUGGUUGGAUAUAUUUGGACAUACUUGCUAAGCUUAUCCAUAGAUUGCUGUAAAGAAAAAGAUUCCUUUGACUUCAGCUUGACUCGUAGGGACUACAUGAAUAUGCUUACGUUACUUUCUUAGCAACAAUACCAAAGUAGUUUGCUAUUAACUUCUUUCAGGAUUUUUUUUUUUUUCAAUUCCAAGUUCAGGCAACAGCCCUGGAAUUUCCUGGUAAUCUCCAAGUCCUGAUCUUGAUUGGCUUUUUCCAAAUCAGUCAUGGCUGGUGAGAUGUCAGUUCCCUGAGGUUCAUGUUUUGUUAAAUAAGGCAUAAUUGCCUUUAUUUAAUUCAACACAAAAGGCAGCAGUAAAAAAAAAGUGCUAAAAGGGAAUCAAUAUAAAUACAUUGGGUUUACAAAUUGAACUAGACUAUAGUUUGCUGAAUAGUGGUCAAAUCCCAGUCAGCUAUAUACCAACACAUAGAUCAUAGUUUUGCAAAAGAUAAUGACUGAGUUCAUGUAAGAUGUAAACCCAAAAUCUAAUAAGACAAAUGAUAGCUUAGAUCAAUGUGUUUAUCCUUGAUUGGUUGACUUGGUGUUAUUUAUUUAUUUUUCUUUACUGUUGGUCUGAGCUGAAAAGACAUAAAAGCAGUUAGAAGGAAUGGGAUGAUUCCAAGAAGUUGGAUGAAGAGCUGCCCAGAGUCACCCUCUGGGGGAGAUGGGCAGCAUAUAAAUUAAUUAAUUAAUUAAAUAAAUAAGUUGGCCUCUAGAAGAGCCUUCUUGUAUGAGUUUGAAAAUUUAUCUUGCUUGGCAUUUUGUUCCCACAGCAGUCAACCGAAUGCUUUUGGGAAGUUCACCAGCAGGAUAGAAAGGCAACAUAGCUUGUGUCCCCCCAGCAACUGAUAUCUGGGGCAUACUUUCUGGGAUGCUGGGGAUACUACAGGGACAGCAUGACUAGUAGUUAAUUAUACACUUAUUCUCCAUAAACAUAAUUCCUUUUUGAAGCUGUCUAGUCAGAUGAUCAUCACCAUGAAUUAUGGCUGUGAAUGUCUCAGUUUUGCUUUUCUCUCUGCCUUCAGCACUGCUGGAUUUGAGGUUGCUGAAUAGAUACGCAAGUUAAUUUCAGACAUUCUGAAUCAACAUGAAGGUAGGAAGCCUGAAUGCAGGCAAUGCUUUCAGAGCCAUCCAUUCCCCAUGACAGAGACCUGAGAAUGUUGGCAAUAGUGACCAGCGACCAGUGAUUGGAGUUGCAGUAGGCAGGCAAUAGCACUUGUUUCCUGAUUUGAAUACUUUUCCUUCUACAUACGUACCCAAAUGUAUUAUCAGUUCCAAGCUAAGUUUAUAUAUAUGUUUAUGUAUGUAUGUGUAUUUCAAGAUAAAGCUCUGCAACCCCCUAAAUUUAAUAGAUAAAAUACUGAUCCCUGAAAUCAAGACUUCCCCUUCCCGAGUUGCAUUAAGGUUCUACCAUAAAUGUUCUAAAUCAGGAUGUGGACUCUCUGGUCCAUGGGCCAAUUCUGGUUUUCUAGGUUGCAUCAUCUGGUUGGGGAGUCUCAAUGGAUGCCCCAUCCUUUUCCCUAAAGCCUCAUCCCCUUCUCACCGGAAAGCACAAAGGAGGAUUUUUCCUGACCACGCACAUUCUCUUAGAGAAGAUGCAGGGUAAGCAGAGAUGGUCCCUUAGGAACCAGUACAUUAAGGUACCUCUACUGGGAACAUCUUUGGCAUCCUGCUUUUCAGUGCUUCACCUGACUUCCUUUUGAAAAUGUUCUGGGUGAGCAAAAUCAGCUUAUGGUCCCCUGAAUAGAUCGAUUUUCUGGGAGAUUUUAAAUCAUCCUUGAAUUGGCUUCGAUUUUAGAGUGGUAUGGCUAGGAAGGAGUUGUUUCUGUCUUCCUUCCAUGUGCUGGUUUCCUGAUCAAAACUGCCCCCAAAUAUUUGCUCAGACCUUCCAGCAUAACAUGUUUGUCACAAAAAAAUCAGGGGAGGCUGUCCCUUGAGGUCUCUUGGUUUUUUUUUUUUUUUAGAGAGGGCUUUGUUUGUUUUGUAGGCAACAGUGUGAAGUUUUGGAUUUGUUCUACUGCUGUCCUACUAGAAUCAAAAGAGGGAGACAUGGAUGAAGAGUUCUGAAGUUGGCAGUUCACAGCGCAUGCUGACCUUGUGAUUUAAACAGCGAUGUAAAUGCAAAGUAUUAAAUGCGUUGGGGGAUUAUCGAUAAAGGGUUGCAUAAUAGAACCUCCAAGCGGUAUUCUUUGCAGCAGUUCCUUUCUUUAUUUUCUCAUCUCCCCUCAUCUUAAUAUCCUCUUUGUUUUUAGAAAAAUGAAAAGAGGACCUGGCAGUAAGGCAAAUAUUUACACUUCAUCUUUUCCUCCCUCCAGACUACAGUAUAAAUGUGAUAUCCAAUUGUGAUAAGAAAAAUAAAUCUUAAUUCUAUUUUUUUAAUCACUUUAUCUGUCUCCUCUUCACUUUCACCUUUGUGACAAGCAGCGUAUUAGUGGCUGGCUGAACCAAAAUGGGGACAGCCAAGUUUCCUUACUCCUGCAGCUGAUCUUUUUGCAUACAAAAAGAAUAUGGGAUGAAGGAAACAGGAUUCUCCUUCAACAAAUAAAGUACUUCAAAUUUAACUCUUCAUUACUAGUUUCAUAAUAGCCUUUUGUAAUACUUUUAAGGAUUCUGAGUCCUUCCUAUUUGUUACCAUUUCCUCUAAUCACCUCCGUGUAAAGCAUUAUCUAUUUGAAGAAUUUUGCCUUUCUGUUCAGUGAAACAAUGGCUUUCAGAGUUGAAUAAAGAGUGGUAAUUAAACAAGAAGAAUCUGGCUGGAUGACUCCAAGGGUUCAUCUAGGCUGACAUAUUUUAACACACUGGCUGUGUUUGCACAACACAACAAUCAUCCUUGGUUAACAAAAUACAUUUGUUGUAUUC